AUGCCUUUAGAACCAUUCACUGCCACGGACAAGAGCUCCGAGGAGAAUAUUCUCACGACAUCGAAAGGUAGCAGUUAUUUUCGAUAUCAACAAUUUGAGUUACUUCUCAAUGAUGAUGUUUAUCGAUGGAUUCUUUCAUUUCUGAAUUAUUCAGAUUGGAUGCAAUUACAAUUGGUCAAUAAGAAUUUCCGAUUGUGUCAACUCACUGAAGAUGAUCAAUUAUGGAAACCAGUAUACAUGAAAAAAUUAGAGGAGUUUCGAGAGGCAUCUUUGGGAGAAUCUGUUGGAGUAACCAAUGAUGGAGAAAAUAACAAUUUCUAUUCGAAAUUUGAACUUUUGAAGGAAAGGAAUGAAAAUUUCAAAACAUCAUUGAUUGAGUUCAUUAAGGAACUACACACAAAAGCAGAUAACAAUUUUAAACAACUGACCAGUGACAUUGAAAACGUUAAUGUAACAAGAUUGCACAAUUUCUACAAACUAGAGGAUAUAUCAAAAUAUACCCAAGAUCAAAUUCGAAACAGUUACAUUGGUCAAUGGAAAGUGCUCAAAGUUGUAGUCGUAGGAGACCACUCCAACGGUAAAUCCAGUCUUGUACAUCGAUGUCUGUACAAUAAUUUUUCUGUUCAAUACAUUCCACAAGUAUAUGAAGCCUUCUCCUGCACAAGUUCCUUCCUUCCAGAGUAUUCAAUUGGUUAUUGGGACACUCCAGGUCAAGCAGAAUAUGACACCCUUCGUACCUUGUAUUAUCCAGAGACGACUCUAUUUUUGGUCACGUAUAGUGUUGUGAAUCAUAACUCAUUGAGAAAUGUCGCAACGAAAUGGAUUCCUGAAAUUAUGAAACAUGGUCACAAUACACCUUUCGUAUUGGUUGGCACGAAAAUCGAUUUGAGAAGAAAUUGUAACUAUUGUAAAUUCAUGCUCUUGAAAGAAGAACAAAAACCCAUUUCAACAGAAUUGGGAGAACGGAUGGCGUUAAACUCGGGAUGUGUGGCACAUCUAGAAACAAGUGCUUUGGAUGGAGAUGGAUUUGAUGUUUUAGAUGAAUGGAUUGUCAAACUUUCGAGUAUUGUAAGAGCUGAAUCAGAGUUGAACACGUCUUGUCAACGAAAAAAGAAAUGCAUUCUUCAAUAA